UUCGUGACAGACUCCACGAGACUCGUCAACGCCAUAUCAAAUUCAGCUUGAUGGAUGUACAUUGCUUGAAAGAUUGUACUGGUACAGAGGAUAUGGAUGCGUGCUGUUAGGAAUACAGUGACGUGCGUGAGGAGUGAUGUCUCGAGGCUCCGGCGAUUGUGGUUGUACUCGCAGGGAAUGGGAACCCAGAGAGUUGGGCGAUAUCAUUCAAGCCAGACGUCUGAGAGACCUUUGGGGUCUAACCGGAGCGUUGACUUUGUAGUUCUCCACUCUUCUAUUGAUCAAGAGCGAGGCUCUGUAGGGUGCUGUCUCCGUCACCGGGGUCGUGUCGGAAUCGGAGUGUGCGUGCGAAGAUGGCGGCGUCAGAGGUCGAUAAUCAUGUACCCCAACUUCAGGCUCUUGAGCCUGCUUUCGGAUUUGAAGUGCUUGGACAGAAGGCCUGGUAGUCCUCUCCGGCAGAUCAGAACUCGGUUCCCAGCUCUCCUCCGAAACAGGGUAAAGAGACGGAGUAGAAGGGGAGGGUGAAGGCGACCGCGGUGCAUCAUGGACCAUCUCUACAUUAUGGCCGGCAGCGUCUGGUCGACCCUCUACCACAACAGCAUGGUAAUCACUGAACGGACCCUUAUACUCCGGUGCAGGAGGGGCAAGCAAUCGUUCACCGCGGUCCUCGACUGCCCCGAACUCAGGAAGGAUGAGUCCGUCAUCCAUGCCAGCCUUCUCAUCGAAAUCGUCACCAUGGAAAGUGUGAGGCCUGCUCCACCUCUGGUCAGUCCGGCUCACGAGCACGGUACGCAUCAGGGGAGGGCCUGGUGGAGGUUCGAAUGGAUUUUCCGGGACGGGGGCAGGUAAUUCUGACAUGCCACCAUCUCGGGCCCGUCGCUGUUGCCGUCGCAGGAUGCAUGUUAUCGCCGCGGUCACGAUGGCGAUCAAGACGCCGAUGGCCACGAAUACGCCAGCUACUGCUCCAGUGUGGGAGAAGAACCCCGAGUUGUCGGCCGAUAGGUUACUGCUGUUCCCAGAAGCAGAGGACGCGAUAGGGCCACCGGUAGCGACCGUACUCGUGAUAGUCACAUACGCGCCAUUCGACUCUGCUACCGUGCUAUACGCAGUGACUAUGCGAUAAAUGGAUGUGUUAUUUGACGCCGUGUUGUUGGAAGAUCCCGCUGAGGUCACGAUCGGUCUGUUAUUGGCGGGACCGCCAGAAGCAGGGCCUGUGACUUUCGCUUGCGUCGACGAACUAGCCAAAGACGCUGCAGAACCGGACGAUGCUGGUUUGCCAGUCUCCGACACGCCUCCGUGCCUCUGAGCCCCACUUGUGGAUCCCUGCGGGGAGCUCUGAGUAGCAGGGGGCUGUGCAGUGCUGACGUUGCUCUGGGCAAAGGACGAAGCAUGGGAGGUCGUAGACGCACUCGAAGGGGUAGGUGGGACGGAUGUCUGACUGUGGCUACCCGUCGUGUCAGAAUGGCUGCCGGACGGUUGCGACGUGGAGGAUUCUGUAGAUACAGAGCUUGAUGUUGACGCGGGAGAUGUCGGAGACAAUGGCGCCAUAUUUCCAACGCUGCCUUUACGAGAGCCGGAAGAAGCUCUGGAGGGCUGGAUGCUCGGCACAGAAUCGGGGAAACGGGUGCUUGACACAGAGCCAGGGGACUGGGUGCUCGACACAGAGCCGGAGGACUGGGUGCUCGACACAGGGCCGGAGGACUGGGUGCUCGACACAGAACUCGAGGAAUCGGUGG